CUUCGUUCGCGGAUCUUUCUCAGCCUCCUCCGACUCCGUUCUCCGACAACGUCUCCGACCAAAUGUGUUAGCGAAACUGAGAGAGUGAGUGAGAGAGAGAAGAAGAAGAAGAAGAAAACCUCAGUAGUUUUCUUUUCUCCUCUCCCUCGAAAAUGGCGGAAUAAAACAAAAAACCCUACUGAAGCACCUCAUCUCCUUUCUUGAAGAAACGAGUCUCUCCCCAUCCCCGAUCACGGUAAGAUAUGCUACCGCCGCCGAUCAUAAUCACCACCGGGAUCUUCCUCCUCACUCCAGCCCGUCAUCAAGAUCUCUUGAUUCGUCAUACCGGCACUUAGGGUUUCUGGGCGCCGCCAUGGCAUCCGAGGAGUUGCGUCUUGUCCAAUCGCAGAGGAUGGAGAACGGAUCCAGCUCCCGGAUGGUAUUUCGCGAUGACUCAAUUCCCUUUGCCCUCACUGGUAGCUGCGUAGAACACCGGAAGUCCCGCCCCGCUUGCGGCUUCGUCAUGGAGGGUAACAAGUUGUUCCCCAACGAUAAGGGAGAGGUACAUUUGUUUCAGAAUCAGGAGGCGGCGUUGCGUCGGAGCUUGUACCUUACACCUGGACGAAUUGAGCGGGAUGAGGGGAAUGGCCGUACUCGAGGCUGGAAUAUUGAAGGCAAUGGGGGUUCGGGGAGCGGUGGAGAUGGAUCGGAUGGGGAUGGGGACGAGGAUGAUGAGGAAGAUGGGGUUGAAGAUGAUGAACUCGACGAAGGGGAUGGCGAGGUUGACGGCUUGGUUUCUGUUGAUUUGGGGAAUGCUAAUAAGAAUAACAAUAAUAGCAGUGAUAGUGUACAGAGUAGUUCGGAGAAGAUCUGCAGUGACAAGGCAAACCUGCAGGAACACCAUUCCUGUUUUGGACUGAGUAGAACAGUUAUGGCCAAGGUGAAUGAAAUGAGGGGAAAUUCAGGUGAGCAGCAUCACCACUGUGAAGGAGGGAAUAAUUAUGAGAAUGCAAUCACUGUGGUAGAGCCUGAGCUCUACUGCAGUCAGAUUUUUCAUGGAGUUGAUGGGUCUACUUCUGUGCGAAAGGCUUUAGGAGGAGAAAAUGGAUAUGGUUUCAGUGGCAGAAAGGAAGCUAGUUUUUCGGUUUAUCCUGGAGAAUCUAUACGAGCACAUCUUUCUGAUCCUGUUACUGGUGUCCUUAUGGAUGAUGCAAUAAUUCUACCUUGUGGGCAUUCCUUUGGAAGCGGUGGAAUGCAACAUGUUCAAAGAAUUAAAGCUUGUUUUAAAUGUUCGUUGCCAAUUUCAGAAGAUUCAUUUCGACCAAAUUUAGCUCUUCGUGCAGCGGUUCAGGCAUUCCUCAGGGAGGAAGAGUCACAUUCCUCAAGAUUAUCUAAACGAAGAAGGGACAGAUUUGAACAGGACAAAUAUACCUAUGAUGAUCAACUUCCAUUGGAUUCACGAAAUAGAGGCGUUCAGUUUCCAUUUAAUGUCUCUGACCGCGUUAUAAUAAAGGGUAACAAGAGAACGCCUCCUCGAUUUGUUGGAAGAAUAGCAGUCGUGACUACACAAUGCUUAAAUGGAUGGUAUGUUGUGAAGACGCUGGAUAAUGCAGAGAGCGUAAAACUACAAUAUCGCUCCUUAGCAAAAGUUCCAGACGAUUCCCCCAAUUUUACAGGAAAUAAAUCACUCUCUUCAAAUUGGCUGUGUAGCACCUCUUAAAGUUUUGUUGAUUUUGCGUUAUGUGCUCUAUAAUCCAUACAGAUUUGUACAAAUUUCGAACACUAAAGCGAAGUCAUUGUACAUCCCAAGUGAGCAGUUUCUCAUCACUGUUCUUCUCACUUACCUUGCAAUCUCUGAUUUUAUAAAAUGUAUUAACUGUUUAUAUAUAUUUAUCAUUAUGAGGCCAAGUCCUUCAAAAAAA